CAUUCAUUUAAGAAGGAUUUAUUUAAAACUCACUAUAUCCAAGAUAAGAAGCUGCCUAAGUGGAGAAAGUGUCCAGAAGACCUGAGUUCAAGUCUCCCCUCUAACAUACACUGAGUGCGUGACCCAGGACAAGUAACUUGGCUGCCCUAGAGGAAGAUUACCCAACUCUCUAAGGCUUGAGCACCCCUAAUUAACCUGAUUUUUUGCUGAUAAUCACUCUCAAUGGAAUCAAAUCAAAAAUCCGGGGAUGGAUUGAGCGGCACUCAGAAAGAAGCAGCCCUCCGCGCACUCAUUCAGCGCACGGGAUAUAGCUUGGUCCAGGAGAAUGGACAAAGAAAAUAUGGUGGACCUCCCCCUGGCUGGGAUGCUGCACCCCCAGAACGGGGCUGUGAAAUUUUUGUUGGAAAACUCCCCCGAGACCUUUUUGAGGAUGAACUCAUACCACUUUGUGAAAAAUUUGGUAAAAUCUAUGAGAUGCGGAUGAUGAUGGACUUUAAUGGAAAUAACCGAGGCUAUGCUUUUGUCACAUUCUCCAACAAGCAGGAAGCCAAAAAUGCCAUCAAGCAGCUGAAUAAUUACGAAAUCAGGAAUGGACGCCUCCUUGGGGUUUGUGCCAGUGUAGACAACUGUCGAUUAUUCGUUGGGGGAAUCCCAAAGACCAAAAAGAGGGAAGAGAUCUUGUCAGAGAUGAGAAAGGUCACAGAAGGUGUGGUUGAUGUCAUCGUCUACCCCAGCGCCGCAGACAAAACCAAGAACCGAGGCUUUGCUUUUGUAGAGUAUGAAAGUCACCGAGCCGCAGCCAUGGGCAGGAGGAAACUACUCCCAGGGAGAAUUCAGUUGUGGGGACAUCCCAUUGCAGUAGAUUGGGCAGAACCAGAAGUAGAAGUUGAUGAAGAUACAAUGUCUUCUGUGAAAAUCCUUUAUGUGAGAAACCUCAUGCUAUCUACAUCUGAAGAGACCAUUGAAAAGGAAUUCAACAAUAUUAGACCAGGUUCCGUGGAGCGAGUGAAGAAAAUCCGAGACUAUGCUUUCGUGCACUUCAAUAACCGUGAAGAUGCAGUGAAUGCCAUGAAGGCUUUAAAUGGGAAGGUGCUGGAUGGUUCUCCUAUUGAAGUGACUUUAGCCAAGCCAGUGGAUAAAGACAGUUAUGUGAGAUACACUCGAGGCACAGGUGGCCGGGGCACCGUCCUACAAGGGGAAUACGCUUACUCACUGGGCCAUGUUUAUGACCCAGCCACAGCCUACCUGGGAGCACCUGUCUUCUAUGCCCCACAGGCCUAUGCAGCCAUUCCAAACCUCCACUUUCCAGUGGCCAAGGGACACCUCAGCAACAGAGCCAUCAUCCGGCCACCUUCUAUCAGAGAAAUUUACAUGAAUGUCCCUGUAGGGGCUGCGGGAGUUAGAGGACUGGGCGGUCGUGGAUAUUUGGCCUACCCGGGCCGGGGGCGUGGCUAUCAGGUCAAAGGAGACAAGAGGGGAGAAGACAAACUCUACGACAUUUUACCUGGAAUGGAGAUCACUCCCAUGAAUCCAGUUACCUUAAAGCCUCAAGGGAUUAAACUUGCUCCUCAGGUCUUAGAAGAAAUCUGCCAGAAGAAUAACUGGGGGCAGCCAGUGUACCAGCUCCACUCAGCUAUUGGCCAAGACCAAAGACAACUUUUCCUUUACAAAAUCUCCAUUCCAGCUCUUGCCAACCAGAAUCCAGCAAUUCACCCCUUCACUCCUCCAAAACUUAGUGCCUUUGUUGAUGAAGCCAAGACAUACGCAGCUGAGUACACCCUUCAAACCCUGGGCAUUCCUAUGGAGGGAACCGAGGCUCUGCCACCUGCUGCUGCUGCUGCUUUUCCAGGCUAUGCCAUUGCCAAUGCAGCAGCCACUGUGACUACAGCCCAGUUGAAACAAGCUGUGACCCUGGGCCAAGACUUGGCGGCAUAUGCUACGUAUGAAGCCUAUCCUGCCUUUGCGAUGGCUGCUCGAGGAGAUGGAUAUGGGACCUUUUAAGGACUUGUUUUUAUUUCCUCACAAAUGUGAAUUUUGCUCAGAAACUUGGCAUUCAUUUCUCCAAUUCCUGGAGAACUUUGGUUUUUGCAGACUGCAGAGAAAGCUAUUUAAAGCAAAUCAUCAGGAUCAGAAACCUGAAUAUUUCAUCCAGUGAUGGGUGUUUAAUUUGAUUCCGGUUGUAUCUCUCUCUGUCAAAUUCUCCCUUUGGGGGGAAGGCUAUAUCACUAAUGGAAAUAUUGCCCAAAAUAAUCACUUCAGACCCCACCCCGCCUUAGAAAAAAACAAAAUGUGCAGUUGGACAAACACAUUUCUUGCAUGAGUCCCAUGUUGUUGUUCCAUGUUGGCUUUAUUGUUGUGUUCACUUUCUCUCACUGGGUCAACAAAACCAAAUGGGCAUAAACAGUAUUAAGAGUGUGUGAGAAGCACUUAUUUUGUCCUUUUAGUACAAUAUUUAUAUAGUAUUUUCACUGUAAACUCCCACAAUGGAGUGAGUCAAAAUUACAUCAUCUACAUGUUUGGUGAAACAAUCAUGGUUUGGAAUAAAUAAACACAAUGGGCACCGUGGAAUAGUCGAUGAAAUGGAACCAUAAAAUUGUAAAAUGUUCUAUAAUUCUAGGCUGAUCAGAUACUGUUAAUUGACUUGUAAGGCAUUAUUAAAUAUCUAAAUUAA